AUCUGACUGCCCGUCCUAAAUCGCAAAGAUAACGCUCCGCGCAGCAGAGAUUGCCUGAUGCGGUGGCCCCUCUCCUCCGCCGCCAUCCCGUGAUCUGCGUGCGCUCCGGCUCCCAACCGUCUGCCAAUCCCCCAUGCAUCCUCGGCCAUCUUAUCAGCUAGUGUCCUGCGCUACUUGCUCCUCCUCCUGACUUUGAGCCCUCUGUGAUCUUCCUUGACCCUUCUGUCCGUGUGCGCCUCACCGCCGCCAUGUCUCACUCGCUCCCAACGCCCUUUACCCCCAACAGCGACUUUGCUGCCCUCGACGCCCAUCGCUUCCCUACCGGCACCAUCUCCAUCACCGCACUCGCCCGCUUCGAGUUCGAGGCAGGGAAAGCCAACGAUGGCACCAAGAUAUUGAUGAUCGAAUGGGAGGAUGACGAUCUGGGACGCUCGUCAGGGGGCUCGUGGCACGUUGCCUGGGAAGGCAAAAUGGCCGUGCUCCCGGCCGACGAGAAGACCAGCAACAACACUCGUCGAAUGUACUUUUUGCUGCCACCCAAUGUCACCAUUCCGCCGACGGUCACUCUGUCCUACGAGGCUCCUCCCCACGCCCCCUCGACCGCGAAGAACCCCGACCCCAUACAAUUGAACCCGCUGCCGGCGAUCUUUCCCCCCGAGUUAGGGGCCGACGGCCGCUCGGCAGGCAAGAAGGGCGUGCUACACACGAUAUGGGCGAAGAAGCGACUACAAGUGCUGGAGAAGGAGAUCCACGACGAAUGUCUGCAUAAUGCUGAGGGUAUCGCGCUGCACAUGGCUUUGCAGGAGAAGGAAUGGAUCGAGACAAACUUCGGGGUCUCGCUGUCCCCUGACGGAGCCCGGGUCGUGGGCCAGAGUCAUCCGGAUCCGCACUACCCUAUGGGACCUGCGACGCCGGUAUCGCCCAGCAGCGGAGGGAAGCUGGGGGAGAAGCUGCGGGGGUUGAAGCUGCAGACGGGCGAGCGGGAAUUGUCCCCGACUACGGGACGCCAUCUCCUCUCUCCCCAGUCCCCCGAUGUCGCCGUCUCCUCGUUCAAUUCCUUCCACACAAUCCGUGCCACGCAUCCCCCGGCACCCCCUGAGAGCGUGCGGACAGUGGUGCACUACCCACCCGAAUCAGUGCAAGCACAACAGAACGUAGAACACCACACGGGGUUUGCAUCGCUGGGGACCGUGGCGCGCACCGGCAAUGGAGACGGGGAAGAACUGUUUGCCAAGGCACUGAGUCCGCGGACACCAGACCUCCCACGGAGCCCGUUUUCAUUCAGCCUGCAGAUGUAACGUGUAUAUGACGCAUUCUUUUCACCAUUGCAUUGAUUCAGCCUGAUUCUGUUGAUUAACUGAUACCGUUGCUGUACAUAGAUCGUACAUUCC